CGAAUGAAUGUGUAGUGUUCGGCUAGCCGGCUGAUAGCUUGGCUUUGGCAAUGUUGUCACUAUCAGAAUGAUAUCCCAGCGGGACAGAGGAGAACUCGCUCGGUUUUAUACAGUAACAGAUCCCACGAGGCACCAGAAAGGCUACACUGUGUAUAAAGUCACCGCCACGCUAAUCUCCCGCAAAAACCCAGAAGACGUCCAAGAGAUAAUAGUAUGGAAGAGAUACAGUGAUUUCCGGAAGCUUCAUCAGAACCUCUGGCAGCUGUACAAAAAUGCAUGUAGCCAGUCUGAGCUAUUUCCCCCCUUUGCCAAAGCCAAAGUAUUCGGUCGAUUCGAUGAGUCCGUGAUUGAGGAGAGAAGACAGUGCUCAGAGGAUAUCCUGCAGUUCUCUGCAAAUAUUCCUGCUCUAUAUAAUAGUCAACACAUCCAAGAUUUCUUCAAGGGAGGUGAGAUCCACGACGGCUCAGAGCUCAUUGGACCAGCUGAGCCUUUUUCAGACUUCCUGGCUGACAGUUUAUCAGACUGUAGUUCUGAUGUGCAAAGAGACAUCAGUGGUGCUGAGGAUUUGACUGUAACAUCUGAAUAUGGAGGCCCUUCCAGUGACAGCGACCUGACCUCCCUGGCAGUGGAUACAGAUUCUCUGGUUGGGUUGGAUGAUGGCAUGGCCUCAGGUAGCACCUCCCCUAACCAACCACAGGGGGGAGCCACCUUCAGUAGCUACAGCCCUCGUUUGCCCUCUCUGCGUGAACGCAGCACCCCGUCUCCUGCCUCUAUCCCCAUUAGUUCAGCCCCUAACCCCGAGGUCAGCACGCCAAGUCGAACGCAGCUCUUCUCCCGCAGUCUAAGGAGAACCAGCGGCAUCAACACUAAGGAAGAAAAGUCAGACUACCUCGACAAAGCCAGUGAACUGAUCGGUUUUGCUGUAAAAAAGGAAAGCGAGCAGGACUACGAAGCAGCUUUUUCAUACUACCGUAGUGGGGUUGAUCUGCUGCUUCAAGGAGUACAAGGUGAACCAAGUGCCUCCCGCCGGGAGGCAGUGAAGAAAAAGACUGCUGAGUAUCUGAUGCGUGCAGAGCAGAUAUCAGCUCUGCAUAGGAAAAGCAGUAUGGGUCAGGGAUCAACACAGACUGUGGCCUUUGGUGCUCAGUGCUGUUCUUCCACAAGCAGAGGAGGGCAGCAGAGUCCAUUUGAUGAGCUGACAGCUUACAGGGUGAUAGGGGUCAUUAAUAAGGUUCUUCUGGUCUUGGACAAGAGAACUCAGGAGACGUUAAUCCUCAAAGGACUGAGAAAAAGCAGUGACUGCGGACAGGUUAAGAAGACUAUUAUGCCUUUGUCUGUGCCCCACAUGGUGCAGCUGAGAAAGUUCAUCAUCUCUGAAGACAGUGUUUUCCUCCUGCUGCAUUACGCUGAGGGUGGGAAGCUGUGGUCUCACAUUGGAAAGUACCUCCGUAAUUCCAGCCCAGAGGAGAGCUUUGAGAUUCCUUUCAUCCAAAAGAGCCACACCACAGCUGUACAUUCUCCGCACCAUAUAAUACCACAGCUGGAUGUCUGUUCUGCCAGCUGUGAGUCGGAGCUCAUUACUGGUUCAGAUCCUGCUUUUGGCCUUCAGAGAGAGGAAGAAGUUCCCUUUGUGUCUCCUGUAAAAAGUGCCGUCCCUGCAGUGCUCCAUGAACAAAUUGGUGGGCAUUCUGACUCUGGGGCUACCUCCGAAGAGGAGUGCACCAACAGCUACUUGACUCUUUGCAAUGAGUACGAACAAGAAAAAGUAGAACCAGAUGCCCUAGAAGAGGAGGGUGAGGAGAAGAGCGAAGAGGAAAUGCUCUCUCUGGAGGUGCCUAAUGCAACAGCAACAGCCUCUUCUUAUAGUCGUUCUCUUCUCAGCAAUGACAGCCUUUCUUCACCGGGAGGCUCUCAGGAACUCGGCUUCUUCAGUGAGUUUUCUGACAAGAGUGGCCAAACCCUCGAAACUGACCAAAACCGCAGCGAAGGACAUGAGAACAGUGAUGUUUUCAGUCCCUCACGGUCUCCCACCGAGCCUCUCUCUUUGGAUCAGUCCAAGCACACCCCGAUGGAGUUUUUCCGCAUUGAUAGCAAAGACAGCGCUAGCGAGGUGACUGGCCUGGAUAUGGGAGAACACUGGAAUUCUCAGAAGCAGCCCCUUCAGUUUUCUACAUCCGAUCUAGGUUCGGAGGUCACUGAGGAUCUCCCAGAGCUGGCUCAGGAGGUAAAAGGCCCAAGCUUGGAGUUCUGGGGUCUGGACUGCAGCGAUAAGGCGUCUAAUGAGUCUGUGCCAGUCAUUUCUUUUAAGGAGGCUGUAGUGGAAGAUGAGAGUCAUCCACCAGACUUAUUGGUCAAUCUUCCUGUAAUGAGUGGAACUGUAAAUGCUCCACAGGAGGAACUAAACCCUUCAGGGGUUUGUUUAGGCAUUGAGGUUGCAGCCUCACCUCAAAAGUACAUCCAGCCUGAUGUUUUGCAGCCUCAUAGUAAGCAUGAGGAUCUGGAGGAGCAACCACUGGAGCAAGACCUUUCUUCCUUCUCCACAGCCUCUGCAACUUGUGACACUAGUCUCGCAUGUCCUUCUCUGUUGGACGAAAGCUUGGCAUUUGGACUAGAGGCCUCCGACAAAGGCUUUGAUAAAGAUGAUGACAGCCAAAGCAGUGAUCACCUUCUUGAAUCAGGCAUUUUAAGCGAUAAACCUCAGCCCUGUACCACAGGAAAAACAGACUCUGCUCCACUCCCCAGUAAUGGCGUUGUAGCCUCUGUCCCAGCCAUGAACGGCACUCAGACUUGUGCAGUCGUCGAGAGUUUAUUAGGACUUGAUGGUGAAUCAUCAAGAGUCAAUAAAACCACAAGCAGCAGCGACUUUGAUAAAGACGUGUCACGGCUGUUUGCAGAGUUGGACGAGCUGUCGCUGGCAGCCACCCAAGCUUGCAUCCCGGAGGAGUUUGUGCGAUGCUGGGCUGUAGAGAUUGUGACAGCCUUGGACUGUCUACAUCAAGAGGGUAUUAUCUGUCGCGACUUGAAUCCCAAUAACAUCCUGCUAGACCAUCAAGGGCAUGUGCAGCUAACAUACUUUUGUAGUUGGUGUGAUGUGGAGGAGUCCUGUGACAAGGAAGCCAUGGCCAAUAUGUACUGUGCACCAGAGGUGGGAGGGAUCAGUGAGGAGACGCCGUCCUGUGAUUGGUGGAGUUUGGGCGCCAUCCUCUUUGAGCUCCUGACAGGAACGUCUCUGUUGAGCUGCCAUCCAGCAGGAAUUGGCCGUCACACUGCUCUCAACAUCCCAGAGGGUGUUUCAGAGGAGGCCAGAUCUCUGCUGGAGCAGUUGCUUCAGUACAACCCGACGGAGAGACUGGGAGCAGGCGUGGGAGGGGUUGAUGACAUUAAGUCCCACCCGUUCUUCGCCUCAGUGGAGUGGCCCCAAUAGAUGGAAAGCACUGAGCAGCAGACCCUCUGGCCUGAACAAGCUCCAACAGCCAUUCAUUCAGAUACCCUAAACAUUUGUUUUUCUUUUCUACAAACUUGUUAAGAUGUCAGGUGUUUGACAUCUAUGGAAAUCAGACUGUGUUUUAAAAUGUAUCCACCGUUUAAUUUUACAUUAUGCUUUAUGAUUCAACAAAAACUAAUUCUGCUGGGGCGGUAGAAAAGCCCCAAUAUUUUGGCUGCACAAGUGUGCACAUCUUUAAACGAGUGCUCUGUGUUCAGCAUCUAGUUUUCUUUGGUAUUAGCAUGCUUCAUCUCGGCAAUAUUUGCUUCCUCCACACUCCAAAGUUUUUCUGUCGUUUUUAGUUUUGUGCUCUGGUAGUUUAAUUUCAAAGUUCCAAUAUUCUUUUGUUAACGCCAAUACUUAUUGAUUUUGUUGAAAAAAUGAGGGAUCAACUAUUGCCUCGUGGUCAGCUCCCUAACAGACACACUCCAUUUGUAAAAAUGUAAACCGAUGACAUAGUGCUGCCACCACCGUGUUCCUUUUUGGUUAGUCUGACCUUUCCGUAAUGAUAAACCUUGUUUUUGUACCAAGCUAACACUUCAAGUUAUAUUUAAGUUACAUUUAACUCAAUAUCCAACUUCACCAAAGUCGUAGAAAGGUUAAACACUGUUGUCCUGUAUAAGAAGAGAUUUGCCUAUUUAACAUCCUUUAAGGCUUUUGAAUGCCUCCUCAUCCAGGUUCAGUACGGUUCCUGACAGUUGUAGGUGUGAUAUAUUUUGCAGAAGAUGCCAAGAUUUUUUUUUUGGGACCAUUCUAUUGAUACCUUUGAGAGCUGCACAUUACUCUAGAUUAAUUUUAACCGAUGGAAGUUGAGUAACAGAAUGUGCUUAAGGAAAGUAUUAGUUUAAGUUGGGGCUUUAGAUUAUGUCAUGUUUUUCUGUUUAUGUAUUUUCCUCUAAUUGAUUUAGUUUUCGUUGAAUUGUUUACAUUUUUGUACCAUUUAAGGU